GUGAAGGAGCCGCAGCGGGGAGACUGUUGGUCGAUGUGGCAUGGCCCCAGCACUGCUUCUGCCGUGGGACAUGGAGCCGGACUGGCCAGCACAAAGCCCCGCCCGCCUCCGCUCUUGAUCUCCCCUUGCUCUCUCCCCGCCGCUCAAGAAGCGCUCUGCUCACAUCGCCCGAAAGACCGCCAUGCACCCUGCCAGCGCCGGUGCCAUCGCCAAGAAGACUAAGAAGAAAAAGUCCAAGAAAGCCCGUGCCCAUGUCGUCUUGGCUGCAGCAUCCAAAGUCGAUAUCGCCACGGCCCUCAAUCCGAUGAGCCAGGGCGCAGACGGCGAAGCGGCUGUCGUCGGCAAUCCAGAGCCCGAUGCCAGCGUUGGAUCACUGAUGUCGACGGAGCUUGUCGCUCAACCCCGCUCCCAAGCCCCUGAGUUCCCAGCCGAAAGCCUGCCCGUCGUCGCCGGCGACAGCACCGUGCUGACCGAUCGCCUCGGCGGAAUCACAACAAGCAAUCACUCCGAUCUGGUCUCGCAGGUUGCUGCUGUCGCCGAGGGAGCAGUGGCCGAAACCGAACCCAACGGAGCAGCGGCCGACUCAGAUCCAGAGACCAACAUGCAUCCUCUGCUGCGAGAGGCUCGUUUGAAUCUUCGCAAGACAUCAAGCGCGACCCUCCAGACCGCAUCAACCAUCGAGGACGACAAGAGCCAGCGGCUCUAUGCGCCGCUCCGAAAAGCCCGUCGCCAGCUUCUUCCCCAGCCGGCGACUGCUGCUGCUGCCGAAGGACCAAACGGCAACGCAGCGGGGAACAGCGACGGUGACCCCACUCCACCCGAGAUACCGCUCCUGGCUGAGAUCCGGCGCAGACUUCGUCCAACCCAGAUUGUCCGUCCUGCCAACUCAAAUCUCGAGAAUGGUCGCGCCGGCUUUCCCAUCACCCUGCGCUCCUUCGAAACAGGCUGCGACCGAGAAGAUGCCCCCGCUGAAAUCCAGUCGCCUGGCAAGAAUCCAAUGUACCUCGAAGCCCGAAACCGGCUGCGGUCUGGCCGAAACCGAAUGUUUCCUAUCGUCGAACCUGUGGACCAACCUGUGGCUGAUCUUCUCGUGACCGAGAGUGAGCUCAUGGGCGGUAUCGACACCAUCCCCAACGACGUCGUGGCAGGCGAGUCAAGCAUCGCAAAUGAUGCAGACGACGCUGCUUCGGAUAGCACGAUCGAGCCGCCUGUGUCGCUCAAGCGACCCGCCAGCGACGAGACCUCCGACGUUGCCCCUGCGCUCGCGAUGGCCGAGGCCACCUCCGAUCCAUCGGCUGCAGAUGAGCAUGGCGCCAACCGCAGGACCAAACGCAGGAAGCAUCUCAAGGCCGCCCUGUUCGAGACCCGCGAAGAGCCGAGGAAGCCCAAGACACCGAGGCGAUCUGCCAAAGCCGACAGCACAGUUGUUCCCGAAAUCCGCCAGCGCUUCGAGAUAGUGACGGGGCUCACACAGGGCAUGGCGGCCUCGCCAGCCAAAGCCAAGGUGAAGAAGCUGAACAUUGCUGUCUCGACACCAAAUCGCACACUCAAAUCGUCUCGUGAGCAGCUGCGCAAAAUUGAAAAGAAAUGAGCUCCCUCAGGAGGCCCCUGGAAAUGAACGGGGAUGUCGGUGUGGGAUUGCUCCGCUGGUCUGCAAUAUAGCGCUGCGUCUGCAAUAUACACUCAUUCCAG